AUGGAGAUGGACGACAUUUAUGACAAUGUUGAGGACAAACCUGCCAGUUCCAGACCUUUGGCCCAUCAGACCACUCCUCAGGUCUCAAACAGGGGCUUACGUGGAGCUGUUGUCUUUCUGGGGUUGCUCUGUGGUUUCCUGCUGGUCGGACUCAUCGGAGUCACAGUCCACUAUUUUCUCACAACAUGUACCUUGGCUGCAGACCUGAUAGAGGAGAGAGACCGGCUCAAUGCCAGCCUCGUCAAAGCCACUCAGGAGCUGAAAAAGCUUAGGAUGGAGAAACCAUGUGGUAAAGGAUGGAAGAGGUUCGGUGGCAGCUGCUACUUCCUUUCCAAUGACACUGCAUCCUGGGAAACUGGAAGAGACUACUGCAGAAACAGUGGAGGAGAUCUGGUGAUUGUAAACAGUAAAGAAGAACAGAAAUUCAUUGCGGGGUUCAAGCGAGGCUCAUGGAUUGGCUUGUCAGAUCAUGAAAAGGAGGGAAUCUGGAAAUGGGUUGAUGGAUCUCCACUCACUCUGUCGUUCUGGACUCCAGGGCAGCCUAACAACGGUGCCAAUAAUCCUGUACUGGGUCAACAGAACUGUGGUGAGAUCUUUUCCAAAGGCAAAUGGAAUGAUGUGAGCUGCAACAACAAACUGCACUGGAUCUGUGAAGAGAUGAAUUGA